AUGCUCUCCUUGCAGAUCAUCCUCGGGAUUCAUCUUGGCUUCUACACGCUCGUGAUGACGUCCUUCCUGCUCGCGUUGCGCUUUCGGGACGCGGGGUAUCUCACCUUCCACGGCAAGCUGGGUGACGACGCAGUUCCCAAGCUGCUGUUUCCGGAUCUCAACUUGAGCAGCAAGACGCAGCGCAGCCUGCUCUUCGUGAUGAUUGUGUGUAUGCUUGCAAACUGGAUUGGCAGCCUUCAGGCGUUCAACUCCGCGGACGGCGGCUAUCGCGCCGCAAUGCGGUCUCAGUGCAUGUUGGUGCACGGCUUGCAGCCGCUUCUAAUGCUUGGGAACGGCCACUUGACACUGCGGGAAGCCGGCGCAGGACCAUGGACGGCUCUGCAUGGCACCUUCGCAGUUUUGUUUCUGACGGCGCAGGAGAAGUGA